AGAUAGUAUGAUUUUGAGUUCCUACAAUAUGUUAUCAAGACACUUUCUAUCUCCCAGAAUCGGCGUCGUCGUUUUGGGUUCUCGUUUUUACCAUCAUGCAAGUCCUGUGAUCCAAGAGUUGAAGACUAAGGUGGAGCACCUGGUGGCUCGGGAACAACCUCGCCUCCUCGAGUUGAAGAAAAAGCAUAAAAACGUCGUUGUUGGUGACAUCACUGCUGGUAUGGUCGUGGGCGGGAUGCGUGGCAUCAAGGCUAUGAUCACCGACACCUCCGACUUGGACCCCGUUGAGGGUAUCCGUUACCGUGGUAGGAGCCUCAAGGAGGUGAACGAGGCUCUCCCUAAGGCCCCUCCCAACGGCAAGGUCGGCCUGCCUGAAGGAGCCUUUUGGCUGCUGAUGACUGGCGAGGUCCCCACCCCUGAGGUCGUAUCCCAUCUGAACGAGGAAUUGCAUCGUCGUAGUUGGUUGCCUGGUGAUGUUAUUGAAGCCAUCGACGCCUUGCCCACUUCCAUGCACCCUAUGACUCAACUGUCCAUUGGUAUUCUGGCCAUGCAACCCUACUCCCAGUUCACGCAGAAGUACCGUCAAGGAGGCUUGGCUAAGAAGGACUAUUGGGAGUACAUUCUAGAUGACGCCAUUACGUUGAUUGCCCGUGUUCCGCAGGUGGCAGCUCGGGUGUAUCGGAGGUCUUUCUAUAACAGCAUUUUCAUUGAGACUGAUCCUCAUCUGGACUGGGCUGGCAACUUUGCCAAUAUGCUGGGAGUAUCUGAAGACGAGAAUUUCAAGGAGGCCACUCGGUUGUAUUUGACCAUGCAUGCUGACCACGAGGGUGGUAACGUCUCCUCCCAUACGACCCAUCUGGUUGGGUCAGCUCUAGCCGACCCCUUCUAUGCUUGGGCGGCUGGUGUCUGUGGUCUUGCUGGUCCCUUACAUGGUCUGGCCAAUCAGGAGUGCCUCAAUUGGCUCACUAGACUUGAGAAGUACCACCAACGACUUGGUAUUGAACCCAGUGUCGAGUCGGUGACACAAUACACUAAGGAGACUAUGGCAAACGGCCUAGUGGUUCCUGGAUAUGGUCAUGCCGUCCUUCGAGCCACUGACCCUCGAUACGCCAUAGAGAGGGAGUUCUGUCUGGAGCACAUCGCUGAUGACCCGAUGUUCAAACUAUCCGAGAUUUGUUAUAAGACUAUCCCGCCCAUCCUGAAGGCCACUGGUAAGGUCCAGAACCCCUACCCUAACGUGGACGCGUUGUCUGGUACGAUGAUGCAACACUAUGGACUUAAGGAGUCUGACUACUACACUGUUACCUUUGCCGUGUCCCGAACGAUAGGAGUUAUGGCCCAGAUGAUUUGGGCUCGGGCCAUGGCCAUGCCGAUAGAGAGGCCCAAGUCGGUUACUCUAGACUGGCUGGCGAAGGCGGUGAUGGACAGGACCAAGGAGUAACUCCUCGGUCGUCGGCGGUUGGGAAAAUUUUUUGGAAUUUAUGUCAAUGAAUACGGCACGACAGCGUGCCGUUGUCGUACAGACGCGCGAUAGAAGAAAACGCCUCCAUUUUUUA